AUGCACAAGAACAUGCAGAAGCUCUACGAAAGCAUUGGCAGCUACUUCGCCUUUGACCCGGAUUCCGUCAGCGUGGAGGACUUCUUUGGUCAACUGGCCAACUUCCGCUUGCUCUUCCUGGACGCCAUGAAGGAGAACCAUAAGAAGAGGGAGAUGGAGGAAAAGAUCAAGAGAGCCAAGCUGGCGAAGGAGAAGGCUGAGCGUGAGAAGCACGAGCGGCAGCAGAAGAAGAAGCAGCUGAUUGACAUGAACAAAGAGGGGGAUGAGACAGGUGUGAUGGACAGCCUAAUGGAGGCUCUUCAAUCUGGAGCAGCUUUCAGAGACCGAAGAAAACGGACACCGCGCAACGGUGAUCAAAGUCCUUCCAGUCCAAGUUCUCGGUGGCCGGGUGCUAACUAUGGUAACCGAACUCUAGAUCUAACCACCGUGUAG